AUGCUUCCCCACCUCCUCCUCCUCCUCCCAACUCUCUUCACCAACACCCUCGCAAACCCCUGCGGUCCCCUCUCCUCCUCCUGUCCAUGCCUCAACUCUCCCGAAGCCUCCAACAUCGCCCUCCGUUGGCUCCAAAUCUUCCAAACCGACUCCCUCGGCAACGGCACCGGUUUCGCCCUCAUCGACUCCACAAUCUCAGAAAACUUCACCUAUUACGACGAAGGCGCAUCUUUCGGCGAUCCUGCACCCGUAUAUCCCAACAAAGCCGCUUUGGAAAACAGUAUUUCGGGGGAAGGGUAUAGUGGAAAUCUGGUUACGGAUGUGAAGUAUUCUGUGUUAGAGACGUUUGAGAGUUGUGAGACGAUUGGGUUGAGGUGGAGGAGUGAGGCGAGUAGUGCGAGGGGGGAGAAUGUGGAGGGGUUGGGAGGGGAGAGUGAGACUGUGCCUGUUGGAACCAAGUGUGACUUCGUCUUCGGAUUUGGCGAGGCUUUGAAGGGGCGUGCCGGGAUAGGUGAAAUGUUGAUGGGGGAUGGGAAGAUUUCGGUGUGGAAGUAUGAAUCAACUCGGCAUUUAUUGACUAGUGAGCGAUUGGAAUCCCUUCGGAUGGUACUGCGAGAUUUGGAAAGAAUGUGUAAGUGGACAAGAAUGGUGAGAGAGAUUUUUGAUCAAAAGAAUGACGAAGUUCCCUCUUCAUUUCUGUUUAACGCUUGCACACCCAUCUAUACAGGAGAGAGAUGCACUACCUUUGGCGAUUACACGCUACUCAGCUACGAUCAUAGACGAAACCACGAUUUGCAUAAGCAUCAAUCGUUCUAUCGAGAGCGACUGGAUAUCUACGAGAGAUACAAGCCGAGCGCCCGCUCUACUGCUCCUUUCAGAACUGAGUAUGUUGUUGGCUCCGCAUCACUGAUACAAGGUAUAGAGCAUCUGUUCACACAGGUCGCACUAACAUCACUUAGGUACUCGGUACGACGGCCUCUGGCUUCUGAAUUUCUCCCGGAUCCAAGGGGUUCGUUGACAGCCCAGAUUCGGAAAUCGGCACAUUCUCGGCUUUCUCACAGCCUUUGGUUAGCCUUUGGAGUCUUGUCACGCGACAAAGAGUUCGUUUCCUCUCUCAUUGCUGUCUCGAUCAAAAGCACCGCUACCAAGGCUAUUGUGUUCCAUUCCUCUGUCAUUGAUGUCUCGAUCAAAGGCAUUGCUACAAUGGUCAUUGUAUUCCACAUCUCUGUCAUGGCAUGGAAUGCAGCUCUGGGACCGCCGAGAUCUGUUUUUCUCAUCAACCAACCACUACCGUUACCCAUGAGUACAUCGGCCAAUCAGUCAUCGCACAACGAUUCCACAACUCAGCUACUUCCCACCAUCACGAGCACCAACAAAAUCGACAACGCGAAGUCUGAAAUGGCCGAGCCUCAAACUGAUUUUAUUGCCAAUACGGCACGAGAAUUCGGCAUCGACACCAAUCUCCCCACGUCGUGGAAAACCGCCCAGCAGGACUGGCGCACGUCAAGAAUCAAGACAGAACUGCAUAGUCAACUGCAAUCCAGCACUCCAAAGGGGGGCUGGCAGAUCUCAAAAGCAGUCUGCAUGGCACUAGGCAGCCUCAACAAUCGGAUCUCGCUCGAGCAGUUGGCGCUCUUCAUGGAUAUGGAUGUAAGUCCAUCGAACUCUUCGCCCAAGAUCCGAGAUUCACUGACACAGACAAGUAAUUCCUCAACUCCAUCGCGAAUGAUUCGACGCGGCGUCUUCUCAUUCGUCCCGCUCUGGCCUUCACUCCACGUCGGCAAGGCCGCAGGCGAGAUCGAUAACGCUUGCAGAUGGCACCUGUCAAGAAUCAGGGACAAGCUAUAUCCUAUCAUGGAUACACGUCCGCUCACCGCAUACGAGGAAAGCAUCAGGGAGCAGGUUGUUCUCCAAGUCACUCAGGUACUCGAGCUCAAGAACGACUUCACGGAAAUUACAGUCCACUGUCGUCCGGAGGAGGAGGAGAAACGCUUUGUAGGUCUCUGGGAGCUCUCUGCAUUCGUAGAGAACGAACAGAAUCUUACUGGCAUACCAGACGAGGUAACCGACUCCGAUCUUAUAGAUAUCGAGGAAGACACCGAAGUUUGCGCGUGCUGCCGACCACCACCGGUAGAGAGUACGGUCGAUGCGCACCUAGAAACAAACACUGUUUGGAACCCGCAGGCCGUAGCUCGAUUGGUAAGUAACUUCAUUAACUCUCAUCGUGCUGGACACGGUGAGUUCUUGGUGAAUCUUUCGACAUUCAUUACCGCGCCGCGGUCAUUCUCACAUUCCUACGUCCAAUUUAAUCGGUUCUUAACAGUAAGUAUCUUCCAACGUCCUGCAAUAUCCGAUUUCCACCUAGGCUACAUCGACCUUGAAUCUCAUUCAUGGGCUGACUUCAUACUGUACUGA